UAUUUUCAUUUAUCCACGCUACAAAACUAGGUGAAUUAACUGAUUACUUGGUGAAAUACUGUAUUCUUUGACAUCCAGCAUAGCUGUCAAAACGUUAAAUAACGUUCAAGAACAAUCCCAUGCUCGCGAUAGGAUGGAUGACAGCCUCUUUCUGGAUAAGCAGGGCAAAUACCAGUGAAGCUAAAUAGCUAGCGACGAAGAAAGGGGCCAAACUUAGCUGCACCCCCAACCUUAUCAUGGCACGCUGUGUCCAGAGCACCCAGUAACCUCUCGAUGGGAGCAUCAAAGCGCUAUACAAACAGAUUCUAGCUUCGAAGGGUUGCGGUCGAUAAAAGUUCUGCCAUCUGUAACUGGGUUGAACUUGUGGGGCAGCACGCGACUAGCUAAGUUAGCAUCCUAAUAAGAUAGCCAAACACAGUCGCUUGCUAGUGGUUCCAGCUUGCUACAACUAAGCUAUGUUGGCUUGCUAAGGGUACUGUGAGAAAUGAUGUGAUGGCUGUGAUCGUCAUAUCGUUGUUUCUAAAAAGUUUGCUUGCUAGUAUUGGAAAGUGUCGGAGUUCGUAAUUCAGUUUACUGACCAUACUCUGUGCUUGUUGCUAGCCAGCCAACCUAGCCAGCUAGACACCUCAUCACCCCUGACAUUAGACUUGCAGUAUUAUCGAAGAACACAUUUUGAUAGCAAGUGCCUUAUAGAGUGUUUGUCAAUUUGGUAGUGUACCGCUACAAACUGUGGCUAUACUGAACAAGUAUUUAGUUACUCUUAUUAAGGAACAUGGCCUCUAAAAAGAGACCAGUGCCCUUAAUCUUCUCAUCCACCAGCGAGGGACUUUCCACUUCCACCAACAUAAAUGCAGCUUCAGAGGCAAAUCUGGAGGCAUUACAAAAGAAGUUGGAGGAGCUCGAUCUGGACGAACAACAGAAGAAGAGGCUGGAGGCUUUUCUCACCCAGAAGGCCAAAGUGGGCGAAAUGAAAGAUGACGACUUCCACCGUAUCUGUGAGCUUGGGGCCGGCAAUGGAGGUGUGGUCAACAAGGUGUGCCACAAACCCUCAGGACUGGUAAUGGCCAGGAAGUUGAUUCACUUGGAAAUAAAGCCUGCCAUCAGAAACCAGAUCAUCAGAGAGCUGCAGGUGCUGCAUGAGUGUAACUCCCCCUACAUAGUGGGCUUCUACGGGGCCUUCUACAGUGAUGGAGAGAUCAGCAUUUGCAUGGAACACAUGGACGGAGGCUCUCUGGACCAGGUGCUCAAAGAGGCCCGGAAGAUUCCAGAGGAAAUCUUGGGAAAAGUCAGCAUUGCUGUUCUGCGGGGUCUUGCCUACCUGCGAGAAAAACACCAAAUUAUGCAUAGAGACGUGAAGCCAUCUAACAUCUUGGUGAACUCUCGUGGGGAGAUCAAGCUGUGUGACUUUGGUGUGAGCGGCCAGCUUAUUGACUCCAUGGCCAAUUCCUUUGUUGGCACAAGAUCUUACAUGUCGCCUGAGAGGCUACAGGGCACCCACUACUCUGUGCAGUCGGACGUGUGGAGUAUGGGACUGUCUCUAGUGGAACUGUCAAUUGGUCGCUACCCCAUCCCUCCUCCUGAUGCUAAGGAACUAGAGGCCAUAUUUGGGCGUCCCAUCCUUGAUGGGGCAGAUGGAGAAACACACAGUACUUCGCCCCGGCCCAGACCCCCUGGGAGACCUGUCAGUGGUCACGGCCCUGCAAUGGCUAUCUUUGAGCUGCUGGACUAUAUUGUCAAUGAGCCUCCUCCGAAGCUGCCUCAUGGAGUUUUCACUCCCGACUUCCAUGAUUUUGUGACUAAGUGUCUCAUCAAGAACCCGGCAGACAGAGCUGACCUGAAGAUGCUGAUGAACCACACGUUUAUCAAGCGCUCUGAAGUGGAGGAGGUGGACUUUGCCGGCUGGCUUUGCAAAACGAUGGGAUUCAGCCAACCCAGCACUCCUACUCACACAGCAGACUGAACACCCCCUGUCUUACACACACACACACACACACACACACACACACACACACACAGAGAACA